CGGAGCUGUAGCUCGGACUGAGCCAAAAAAAAAAAAAAGAGGAACGUUUGAGAAUUUGCCUUCGGACUUGGAGCGUCGCUGCGGAAACAAACAAUGGCCUAGCAGGCCAGCCGGUUCCCUGUGUUUCCGUUCCGUGUGCACUCCAGGUCUGGGUUAUGAGCAACAGUAAAACGCCUCGUUACAACCAAUACUCUGGUGGAGCCGCCGCCGGCGGGUCGUCCAUCUCCAGCAGCCCCUCCUCUCCGCCUGCAGACUCGGGUGUUGGGAGCAUGAUGGAGGCGUCGUUUGGCCCCACCUUUUCAUCGUCUGGAGCUAAAGCAGAGACCUCCAGCAGCUACAAGCAGCACAGAAGAACGCCCUCCUCCUCCAGCACCCUGGCAUACUCCACCCGUGACGACGACGAUGGAAUGCCUCCCAUCGGCACUCCCCGGAGGUCAGAUUCAGCCAUUUCAAUCCGGUCGCUCCAUUCAGAGUCCAACAUGUCCCUUCGCUCUACUUUCUCGCUGCACGAAGAGGAGGAAGACACGGAGCCGCAGGUGUUUGCAGAACCGCCCUCUGUAAAGCUGUGCUGCCAGCUGUGCUGCAACGUCUUCAAGGAUCCGGUCAUCACCACAUGUGGGCACACAUUCUGCAGACGCUGUGCCUUGACUUCAGAUAAGUGCCCGGUGGACGCAGCAAAGCUCACUGUCGUCGUGAACAACAUAGCUGUAGCCGAGCAGAUCGGCGAGCUCUUCAUUCACUGUAAAUACGGCUGCAAAGCGGCAACCAACGCCGCCGGCGGAGCGGCCGCUUCUGCGGCGGGGAAACCCGGGGACUACGAGGUGGACCCCCUGGGCUGCCCCUUCACCAUCAAACUGUCCUGUCGCAAAGAACAUGAAGCAAACUGUGACUACAGGCCGGUGCGCUGCCCCAACAACCCCUCCUGCCCCCCACUGCUCACCAUGAACCUGGAGGCCCACCUCAAGGAGUGUGAGCACAUCAAAUGUCCACACUCCAAAUACGGCUGCACAUUCAUAGGGAACCAGGACACGUAUGAAACCCACCUGGAGAUGUGCAAGUUCGAAGGUCUGAAGGAGUUUCUGCAGCAGACUGACGACAGGUUCCAUGAGAUGCAGCUGGCUCUGUCCCAGAAGGAUCAGGACAUCGCCUUCCUGCGCUCCAUGCUGGGCAAACUGUCUGAGAAGUUGGAUCAGCUGGAGAAAAACCUGGAGCUUAAAUUUGACAUGUUGGACGAGAAUCAGAGCAAACUCAGCGAGGAUCUGAUGGAGUUUCGAAGAGAUGCCUCCAUGUUGAAUGAUGAGCUGUCACACAUCAACGCCAGGCUCAACAUGGGAAUCCUUGGCUCCUACGACCCACAGCAGAUCUUUAAGUGUAAAGGGACGUUUGUCGGCCACCAGGGGCCCGUCUGGUGUCUGUGCGUCUACUCUACCGGAGACCUCCUUUUCUCCGGCUCUUCUGACAAAACAAUUAAGGUGUGGGACACCUGCACUACUUACAAGUGUCAGAAAACCCUGGAAGGUCACGAUGGGAUUGUCCUGGCUCUGUGCAUCCAGGGAAACAAACUGUACAGCGGAUCUGCUGAUUGCACCAUCAUUGUGUGGGACAUCCAGACCCUGCAGAAGGUGAAUACGAUCCGUGCCCAUGACAACCCCGUGUGCACGCUGGUCUCCUCCCACAACAUGCUGUUCAGCGGCUCCCUCAAGGCCAUUAAGGUGUGGGACAUAGUCGGGACGGAGCUGAAGCUGAAGAAGGAGCUGACCGGACUGAAUCACUGGGUCAGAGCGCUGGUGGCCUCCCAGAACCACCUGUACAGCGGCUCCUAUCAGACCAUCAAGAUCUGGGAUAUCCGCUCUCUGGAGUGUGUUCACGUCCUGCAGACCAGCGGGGGCAGCGUUUACUCCAUCGCCGUCACCAACCACCACAUCGUCUGUGGCACCUAUGAGAACCUCAUCCAUGUGUGGGACAUUGAGUCCAAGGAGCAGGUCCGAACCUUGACGGGCCAUGUUGGAACAGUCUACGCUCUGGCUGUCAUCUCCACUCCUGACCAGACUAAAGUGUUCAGCGCCUCCUACGACCGCUCCCUCAGGGUGUGGAGCAUGGACAACAUGAUCUGCACCCAGACUCUGCUCAGACACCAAGGCAGUGUGACGGCGCUGGCCGUCUCCAGGGGGCGCCUGUUCUCCGGAGCCGUGGAUAGCACCGUCAAGGUGUGGACUUGCUAAACGGACCAUCGGCUCUGCAGGCAUCCAGCAGACUUUGUUCUCUGCUAACUUCUC